AAAAAGAGGGGAGGAGGAAAGGGAAAGUGGGCGCACAUUUAACAGCAUGCUUGGGCACAGCGGCUUUUACACUCAGAUCCCGUCUGGCUUGCAGGUAGUGCUCGCACAUCCCUUGGGAUGGGCCCCGAGAUGCAGCUGCACACAACCCCGUAUACACGCUGCAGCUACGCUCUCCUCCGCGCAGCCCGGUCCCACGCUCCACCGAAGCCUCGGCCUCCCGGGAACUUCAUUUCCCGUCAGGUCCUGGGGCUGUGCGCACGCGCGUUAGCGGACACAGCUAUGGCGACCGUGCUGUCCCGUGCGCUCAAGCUCCCAGGGAAGAAGAGUCCAGAUUUAGGGGAAUAUGAUCCUCUCACCCAGGCUGACAGUGAUGAAAGUGAAGAUGAUCUUGUUCUCAACCUAAAGCAGAAAAAUGGGGGUGUCAAAAAUGGAAAGAGCCCUCAGGGAGAAGGGCCAGACCCUGACUCGGAUGCAGAAGGAGUUGGGCCUGCCAAGCAGCAUUUGUCAGAAGUUACCACAGAGGGCUACCCUUCGCCGCCUCUUGGCAGUCUGGAGCAAAAGGCAGCAUCUUCAUUUGUGUCUCAUGUGCGCACGUUGAUCUUCUUGCUCACUGUCCUGAUUUCGAUGAUCCUGGUGUUAGUAUGUGCCUUUCUGAUCCCUUGCCCUCCCAGAGAUCUGCAGAACAUGUGGAGCUGCCAUUUAGGCCCAGAAGGAGGUGGGGACUUGUCUCCACUAGAACUGGUUGAUGUGAAUGGCGAUGGGUUGCCUGAUGUCCUGCUUUCCUUUGUGAACCUAAGAAAUGGGAGUUUAAUAGGUGUCCCUAAGCCCCAGCCCACUCUUCUGGCUCUCUCAGGGGUAAAUGGUAGCACUCUUUGGACCAGUCCUCUCUCAGAGGAGGCCCAAAGUUUGCAAUGUUCUGGGCUAACUCCAUUAGACUCAGCAGAAGCCAUCUGUCUUGUGACUGGGAUAUCCAGGCUGCUCAGUGCACUCAAUGCCACAUCAGGCAAAGCCAUUUGGACUCUAAACCCAAGCCACUUGUCCAAUGGGACUUUGGCCACCCCAGCUUUGGUGCUGCCAGAUUUGGAUAAUGAUGGAGUUAGAGAUCUCAUUGUUCUGACCACUGGGCCCUCACAGGGAGAUCUCUGUUUCCUGCUAGUUUCAGGCAAGACAGGGAUUCCUAUGGGCCGGCCUGUGAAGUACGACAUCGUGAGAGAGGGCAAUCUGAUUGAUCCUCAGGUUUACAUCACCACACAUGGGGCGAUCUAUAUCCUGUUUGGCUUUGGCAAUAUUCAGGCCGUCGCCCUGAGGGAUAUUUUUGUCCAGGCCCAAAACCGGGACAGCUCACCGCCUUCGUUGCAGAUAGAGGAACCAGAGUGGGAGAAGAGAAGAUCCGUCAACCUGUCUGAGCUUAUUGACAUUUAUAGUGAUGGGGUUAAAUUCCUCCAGAUAGUAAAAGCACCAGACAGCAACUCCAGCAACCUCCUCAUCACAACCAGACAGGGCCUUGUCCUACUUCGGGGUCAAGACCUUGCACGUCAUUGGAUGCUGAAUCUCCAAGGCCUAUACAGCCAACCUACUCCUGGAUAUUUCACGAAUGACCAGACCUUGGAUUUCCUGCUGGAGGCACAAUAUGGAGAUGGGAUGAAAAAGGUGAUGGUAGUAGAUGGUAACUCAGGCACAGUCGUUUGGAAUUCCACUCUCUCGUGUCACAUGAAAGAAUCAGCGGCUACUUCAGUGAUGACAUCAGACCAAAAAUCUGUUUUUCUCUUUUGGGCUGAAGACCUGUCAGCAGCACCAUCUAAUUCAGAUCUCAACUCAGCAACUGAGCCACCUGUGCUCCACCAUCUUUACCUUCUGCAUCCAACCUUCCCCACAAUCCUCCUGGAUCUGGCUAAUGACACAGGCACUGUGAAUGCUUCAGCAAUUGGAAUUAAUGAUGUCUGGAAAGAUGCUUUCUAUGUUACCAGGAAAACAGGGCCUGGUUCUCAAAACCAUCUGAGACCUCUGAUUGUCAGCAAGGUGAACUUAAGGUGGGCCCUGAUGGAGAGUCAGGUUGUUGUGCUAAAGGAGACCACCCCCAAAAUUGGCCGAGGAGAACUUAGAAGAUUCCUUUCUAGGCUAAAGUUUGUUUCUUCUCAGAAGGUCUAGUCUGAAGGUACCUACAAUUUCAGAUGAGACUAAUGAGGACCCUCUCUUUAGCCUAGAAUCUUCUCAGUCAAGUCUGUAAAAUCAGGUAUAUGGAGAAAGCAAAAGGAAGCUUCUUUCCCCACAUUGUCUUGCCACCUCUGUAUAAUUAACCCAAAGCACUUUGGAAAGCAGCCUGUUACUCAUUCAUAACAGUUCCACCUGUCUGGUAAUGGCAUGUUUAGCUUCCCUUCUUGACUUUCAUAUCAAGACCAUCCACAAGCUUUCUGUGGGUCUUUUAAAAAUGUGAAAAAGAAAAAGAGAGAGAGAGAGAGAGAGAGAGAGAGAGAGAGAGAGAGAGAGAGAGAGAGAGAAUGCAUAAAUUAUAAGCAAAUGCUGAGAAUUGUCAGAGAAGUACUUAUAUCCAGGAAAUGUUUUUUGCUUUGUGUUACUUUAUGGGUUUUGAAGUGUGGAGUGUUUACUAGAUAUAUUUCAGACCCAUUUCCUUGCACAUGUGAAACAUAUCUGGGCCAUUUGGUCAUAUCUCUACUCCAAAUUUCCUACCUCUUAUCUUAGGGUUACAAUUUUUUAACCUUUCACUUCCUUCUCAUCCAUGUCAAGCUUGAACUAUCUCAUUUGUCAGUCAUUGGCACCAAUUUUAAAACAAUAUGAGAAGAAUGGCUAUUUUUAUCCCUUCCAUCUUUGUUUCUAACCUCCCAUCCAGCUGCCCAGAGGCUGUGGGAAGAACUACAUUACUAUCACAAGCAUAGUAAGAGGAAUAAGUUCAAAUGAAUUGUCUCUGAUAAAGCCCUAUGUUAUUUUGGUUUUCAGUGAGUCAGAGAUGAUCCACUGCUUCUGAUGUCAGGAGUAAGUGGAACAUUGUCACUGCUCACAAAAACACUGAACGUCAGGAAGAGUUGAGAUUCAUAUUCUUUUUCCCACCUUAUACUGGCUUUUCAUAAUGAUUGGUACACUUCCCUUAUGGAGGCCUCUUCCUACAACUUGUUCUUGCAUUUUCUGUUGUUAAAGAAUAUUUUUGCUUUGUCGUACAGAAUUCUUAUGGGAGGAAAAGCUAUUCCUGAGCCCUUCCCUGAAAACCUUGAGCCUUGAUAUAGUUGAUCUGUCCCAUUGACCCUAUUCUUUUUAGAGCCAUGGAACAGCUUAUAUAUAUUUUGUGAUGUUCUUGUGUAAAUACUGUAACUUUGUAAAUAGCAAGUUCAUUGGUGUAGUCUCCAGUUUUUUAGUUCCCUUCCUCUAUUUUUUUCUUAAUAGGAAUAGAUUCUAGUAAACUAUCUUCCAGUAGGGGUUAUUUAUUGGGCUAAGCCUCUCAGUUGAUGAUAUGUCAUAGGAAAUCCCAGUCAAGAGCAGGUAGGAGGACUCUUCUCUCCCUUGAGCUAUUUUAUGAUAUGUCUUCACUGAAACUAUCAUUAGUUUUCUCUUAACUUAAUCUUAUGCUCAUUUUAGAGAUUUCACUGAUAAAAUUGCUAAAUUUCCUAAUGAAAGUCAUAUGACAUAAUAUUAGAGGGUUAGUCACUGUCAGUGUGCACUAUGUGCUGUUUGAAAUGCAGCCAGUGUAGGUGCCUGACCCAUACCUGUGAAGACAGUCAGUUCCAGCAUAGCUUGUGUCUGAAUCCCAGUUUGGCACAGAUGAAGGAAAAAAAAAAAGGAUCAAGUUGGAUCUAGGAAUAUCCCGGUAGGAAAAGAUGGUUCCAGGUCAUCUGGACCUGUUUUGAAGGAUAUGGUGCACUACACCCUGUUUUGGUUGAGGAGCCUUCUCUGCUUUAAAUAGACCCAAAGUCUAAUGUGGGCCAAACUCAAUGUCAUGCUCUAUACUGGUCCCUAUGGCCCGAGGUGUUCCCUGUCACAUGCCACUGAGAUCUGAGCAUUUCACAUUUCUGCAGUAUACCCAGACUUUCAUAUUGGCUGCCCAUAUUUAGGCAGAAACAUAUGGUACAAUUUGUUCAUUGCACGUGUUGUGGAGAUUUGUUUUUGGUUAAGUCGCAGAAAUAUACAAUAGAAGAGCCGGAAAGAAUGUUUUGUGUGAAUUCCAGGUGAUGUACUUGCCUAACACACCUUAAGGGUUCAACUUUGGCUUCUUGAUGUGGCUCUUUCCCUUGUUCUCUUCCCUAAAUAGAUAAUGAGUGGUGAUGGACAGUUUGGGUGCUAACCCAUGUUCAAAUAUGUGUAAACCUCCCUCUUCUCUCAGGGAACCAUUAACUGGAUAAAUGAGCAUUAGUCUUUAUUGUAAGCAUUCCUUUCUUUUCUCUGCUCCUCACAUUGGGUCCCUGUAAUAGCUCAAACAAUAACUACUAGAAGCAGUAAUAAUACCGUCUGCAUUUUGCUGCAAAUGAAGCUGACUCCUCUGUACUCUGUCCUGUCUUUGCUUCCCUCUUCAAUCAAUCUAUGAGGGACCCUUUAAUUCUUCUGUGGUAUUGUUACAUCAAUUCCCAUAAAUGUGAACUGUUGUCAACAUCUUCUGUGUAAAAGAAACAUCACUCUAUGUAUUGUCAGGAAAGCAUUUAAAAUACAAGAUAAAACAAAUAAAUACCAUGUACAGGAUU